AUGGCUACAUGUCGGGAGGCAACAGCAGCGGAGCAAUUCGCAUUCUCACUUUUUCAAGCUCUCAACUUGUCGCAUACAUGCCGCGACCCUUCCCUGACAGCAAAAUGGAGGUAUCAAGGAACUACACCAUCGCGAGAGGAAGCCGACGAGAUCAACGACGCUCGAGCCGAAUCGCUUCAAAAGUUCGAAGCACUCGUCGCGGAGCUCACGCUCGAUUACGAACGUGGUGCCGAUGACGGAAACCCGUUCCGGGUCGCAAACCCUAAGGAGUUUUGGCUUGAUUGCUGGGCCUCUGGCGUCCACCAUGUACUGGUGGAGCUUGAAAGUCUAGAGUUGACACAGGAAGAGAAACAGGCCGCCGAGGAUGUUGGCGUCGUUUGGUAA